AUGCUCUUCAUCAAGUACAUGAUCGUCCCCUCCUCAUCUGCUGACGACGGCGCCCUCAGCUCCUCGUCUGCGGACGAUGGCGGUCUGCGCUCCCCAUCUGCUGAUGACGGCGGCCUCAGCUCCUCGUCUGCUGACGACGGCGGCAUCAGCUCCUCGUCUGCUGACGACGGCGGCCUCAGCUCCUCGUCUGCUGACGACGGCGGCCUCAGCUCCUCGUCUGCUGACGAUGGUGGUCUGCGCUCCCCGUGUGCUGACGACGGCGGCCUCAGCUUCUCAUCUGCGGACGAUGGCGGUCUGCGCUCCCCGUCUGCUGACGACGGCGGCCUCAGCUCCUCGUCUGCUGACGACGGCGGCCUCAGCUCCUCGUCUGCCGACGACGGCGGCCUCAGCCCCUCGUCUGCCGACGAUGGCGGUCUGCGCUCCCGUCUGGCGAUGACCUCCUCAUCUGCUGACGACGGCGCCCUCAGCUCCUCGUCUGCGGACGAUGGCGGUCUGCGCUCCCCAUCUGCUGACGACGGCGGCCUCAGCUCCUCGUCUGCUGACGACGGCGGCAUCAGCUCCUCGUCUGCUGACGACGGCGGCCUCAGCUCCUCGUCUGCUGACGACGGCGGCCUCAGCUCCUCGUCUGCUGACGAUGGUGGUCUGCGCUCCCCGUGUGCUGACGACGGCGGCCUCAGCUUCUCAUCUGUGGACGAUGGCGGUCUGCGCUCCCCGUUUGCUAACGACGGCGGCCUCAGCUCCUCGUCUGCUGACGACGGCGGCCUCAGCUCCUCGUCUGCCGACGACGGCGGCCUCAGCUCCUCGUCUGCCGACGAUGGCGGUCUGCGCUCCCGUCUGGCGAUGACGCCGGUGUGCGCGGCGAUGGCUGCCGUGUCGCGGCCGCGCCAGGACGCGUUCCCGCCUGACUUCCGGCUGUGCGAGCUGGCCGAUCCGUGCGAGCGACCGGCUGAGAGCGGUGCCAGAGAUAACGCCGCCAAGGGUCCCUCGCUCGGUCCCAGUGAGCCGGCGGGGGACUACCAGUCGGGGCGCGUGCCCGAGGAGGGCCGGGCAGAGUCGGGUGGCUUGGAGUGUCAGCGGUCGGAGUCGCCAGAUAACCGGGGUCAGAUCUGA